UGACCAUUACUUUCUCUGGCCCCAGUGAUCCCAACAGCUCUCCAUGAUCUCCAUGCUGUGGUUACUCCCAGUCCCAGAACCUGGAAAGCCAACCUGAAGGCCAUUUGUCAUUUGUGCUUCCAUCUCAAACAAAGGCAGUUCCUCAUUUAGAUUUGUUUUUUGUAUUUGUGUUUCAGUCGCGGUUUCUCCAUGUGCAUUGGUUUGUCGAGGCACACUGUUUUUCUGUUCCUUUUGCGCGCUGUCGCCGGCCUUAUUUUACCCUUUGCCAGGGACUUACCAACAAGUGUACCAUCUGGAUUUUACCACCGGCCUCUGAUCACUGUGUCAAUUUAGCUUUAUUGUCGUGUUCUGUUCAAAGAAGAAGAAAGAAAAACAUUUCUCCAUCAUGGCCUCUUUUAAGUUGGAUUUUCUCCCUGAAAUGAUGGUGGACCAUUGCUCUUUGAAUUCUAGUCCUGUUGGGAAGAAGAUGAAUGGUUCUCUGGACCACCCUGAUCAACCAGAUGUUGAUGCCAUUAAGAUGUUCGUAGGACAGAUUCCACGGUCCUGGUCUGAAGAGCAGCUUCGUGAGCUGUUUGAACCUUAUGGAGCAGUCUAUGAGAUAAAUGUUCUCCGAGACCGCAGCCAGAAUCCCCCACAGAGCAAAGGCUGCUGUUUUAUAACGUACUAUACUCGCAAAUCAGCCUUGGAAGCACAGAAUGCAUUGCACAACAUGAAGAUUCUGCCAGGGAUGCACCACCCAAUCCAGAUGAAGCCAGCUGACAGUGAGAAAAACAAUGCAGUGGAGGACAGGAAGCUGUUUAUUGGAAUGAUCUCCAAAAAGUGUAACGAGAAUGACAUCCGACUGAUGUUCUCACCAUACGGACAGAUAGAGGAGUGCCGAAUACUUCGAGGCCCUGAUGGACUCAGCCGGGGUUGUGCAUUUGUGACAUUCACAGCUAGACAAAUGGCCCAGUCAGCCAUCAAGUCCAUGCACCAGUCCCAGACCAUGGAGGGCUGUUCAUCACCUAUUGUGGUGAAGUUUGCAGACACUCAGAAGGACAAGGAACAGAAACGCAUGGCCCAACAACUGCAGCAGCAAAUGCAGCAACUUAGUGCUGCUUCCAUGUGGGGAAAUCUCACUGGGAUCAACAGUCUUGGGCCACAAUACCUAGCACUCUACUUACAGUUGCUGCAGCAGUCAGCCUCCACGGGUAAUGCAUUCAACAACCUGCACCCUGUUUCAGGUCUUAAUGCCAUGCAGAACCUGGCUGCUUUAGCAGCAGCUGCAACUGCCACACAGGUCACGCCCACAGGCUCCAGCGCCAUGACAACAUCUAGUAGCCCACUAAGUGCACUAACAAGCUCAGCAGGCUCCUCCCCCACCUCCAGCAGCAACUCAUCAGUGAACCCCAUGGCUUCUCUGGGGGCCCUGCAGUCUCUGGCUGCUGGUGCUGGAGCUGGCCUCAACAUGGGCUCCCUGGCAGGCAUGGCGGCACUGAAUGGCAGCCUUGGCUCUGGAGGCCUGUCUAAUGGCUCAGGAAACACCAUGGAGGCACUGAGCCAGGCCUACUCAGGCAUCCAGCAAUAUGCUGCUGCCACCCUUCCCAGCCUGUACAACCAGAGCCUGCUCUCCCAGCAGAAUGUCUCAGCUGCAGGCAGCCAAAAGGAAGCCAGCGACAGUCGCAGCUCGGGUCCAGAAGGUGCCAACUUGUUCAUUUACCACCUGCCCCAGGAGUUUGGAGACCAGGACCUGCUUCAGAUGUUUAUGCCCUUUGGAAAUGUCAUUUCUGCUAAAGUCUUCAUUGACAAACAGACAAACCUCAGCAAGUGUUUUGGCUUUGUGAGCUAUGACAACCCUGUGUCAUCACAGGCAGCCAUCCAGUCAAUGAAUGGUUUCCAGAUCGGGAUGAAGAGGCUGAAGGUGCAGCUGAAGCGCUCAAAGAAUGACAGCAAGCCUUACUGAAGGUGCUGAAGCACUGCAGACUUAGUUAGGCAGGGUAGUGUUAUGGUAAGUGGAGUAUGAAUAACCAAGACUGGUCCACUCAGAAACUAGUCUAUGCAUUACAGGGUGAUGUCUGCUGCACUGCCUCUUCUGCUCAUUUUAACACAUGAGCUUAAAGCUACAUGCCAGAUUUUCCAUGCUAGACUGGGUUCUUCCUGUGUUAUGUUGUGGUUUAUGCACUUUGUUUUCCUUUUGAACAAAUAAGAAAACAGGUGUAUUUUCAUUUAAGUUGAAAUGUUUGCUGUGGUACAUAAUACACAUAAGAGUUAAUUGUUAAGAUGUGUUGCACAUUGACAGUCAGGUCACAUAGGUGCCAAAUCCUCCUUGUUCUCCUUUCCCCUCCACCACCCUCACCCAUCAGACAAC